AUGCAGAGGUUUGCAGAAUCUAAAGCUGGGAGUAAGGUAGUAGCAGUAGGUGCAUGCAUGGGUCCAGGGAAACAAAUGGGUCAUCAGUUGCCUCAGCUGCAGGUAGGUUUGGUUAGAGAAGCAGUGGAAAGGUUCAAUUCCAAAGAACCCCACAUCACUGGUUUUCCUGUCCCUGUAAGGCCACCAUGGAAAGGAAAAGACUCCGUUCCCCUCCAAGAAGAGCUAAUUCCUGAUGUUGUCAUGUCUAAUGCCAUUGUUGAUUCCUUUGAUGAAGCUGGAUCUAGCUCUUUCUCUGGGGCUAGUCAUCCUGCAGAACCAGUCGACACCGAUCUCAUGAGAACUGUUUAUGUCCCCAUUGGCCAGAAGAAAUCUGAGACCGGAUGUCUUAUGAGGAGCAUGUCUGUAAAGGGCCCUUACAUAGAAGAUCUCUCAAUCGGGGUCCCGGUUAAGAAACCGAGUUCCACUGUCCUUUCACCAGCUGAUAGUUUGGAUGAAGAACCCAGUGACUUGCUUUCCUUGCCACCUGAUGAUUUGGAUGGGAAGGAAUGCGUAUGGGAUGCUUCUCUGCCUCCAAGUGGCAAUGUCAGUCCAAUGAGCGUUGUUCAUAGCUGUGCCAGCACAUAUAGAAGUGAUGCCAUGACGAGCGAUGGCAUGCUGAGUAUCGACAGACACUACGAGAGUACCAAAGGGAGUGUCAGUGUUAGAGGCGAUUCACUUGAGAGUGGCAAGACUAGUGUUAGUCGAGCCAGUGAUAGCAGCAGUGGGCUUAGUGAUGACAGCAACUGGAGCAACAUCACCGGGAGUGCGAACAAGCCUCACAAGGGCAAUGAUCCAAGGUGGAAGGCUAUUCUUGCAAUCCGAGCUCGUGAUGGGAUUUUGGGGAUGAGCCACUUUCGAUUGCUUAAACGGCUUGGUUGUGGUGACAUUGGAAGCGUCUACCUGUCAGAACUCAGUGGGACCCGGUGUUAUUUCGCGAUGAAGGUAAUGGACAAGGCUUCGCUUGCUAGCAGGAAGAAGUUGACCAGGGCUCAGACGGAGAGGGAGAUUCUUCAGCUUCUGGAUCAUCCCUUUCUACCAACGCUGUAUACUCAUUUCGAGACUGACAGAUUCUCGUGUUUGGUAAUGGAAUACUGUCCUGGUGGCGAUUUGCAUACUCUGAGGCAGCGCCAGCCUGGGAAGCAUUUCUCUGAGUAUGCUGCAAGAUUCUAUGCAGCAGAGGUGUUAUUAGCAUUGGAGUAUCUUCACAUGCUUGGAGUAGUCUACAGGGAUCUAAAACCUGAAAACGUUCUUGUUCGUGACGACGGCCACAUUAUGCUCUCAGACUUUGACCUCUCUCUUCGAUGCACAGUUUCACCCACUUUGAUAAGGACUUCAAACGACUCGGACCCAUCAAAGCGUGGCGGUGGUGCUGCAUUCUGCGUUCAGCCUGCAGCUUGCAUGGAACCCACAUCCGUUUGCAUUCAGCCAGCUUGCUUCAUCCCUCGUCUCUUCCCACAGAAGAACAAGAAGAAAACAAGCCAAAAGUCCAGGGCAGAUCUCGGGCUGCCUUCUUGUGCUCUCCCAGAGCUGGUUGCAGAACCCACUGCUGCCCGCUCCAUGUCAUUCGUUGGCACCCACGAAUACCUCGCCCCUGAAAUAAUUAAAGGUGAAGGCCAUGGCAGCGCUGUUGACUGGUGGACAUUUGGCAUCUUCCUGCACGAGCUGCUGUAUGGGAAAACCCCAUUCAAAGGGUCAGGCAACAGGGCAACGCUGUUCAAUGUGGUCGGGCAGCAGCUGAAGUUCCCGGAAGCGCCAGCAACUAGCUACGCAGGCCGGGAUUUGAUCCGUGGCUUGCUGGUGAAGGAACCACAGCACAGGCUUGGAGUGAAGAGAGGAGCGACGGAGAUCAAGCAGCACCCUUUCUUUGAAGGCGUGAACUGGGCUCUCAUACGAUGCAGCACUCCGCCGGAAGUGCCUAGACCGAUGGAGGCUGAGCUGCCACCGGGGAAGUAUGGUGCUGUGAACACUGUUGGGGUUGGUAGCAACAGUAAGAGAAUGGUGGGCCAAAGUCAACAACAACAGCAACAGACUGACAUGAUGAAGUCCGGGGGUAAAUAUCUGGAUUUCGAGUUCUUUUAG